AUGCUUGCUAUCAUGAUCCGCGGAUAUCGCUCCGCCACGGAAUACAGUUUCGAAGAAGAACAAACCGAUGCCAUUGUUAGAACAGCCGCCUACCAUCGCAAAGACUUUGGUCUCUCCAUGAUCUGGUUCUCGCCCAGUGAGCACAUCAAUAUUCCUCAGUCAAUAAACAACAUCGUUCCAGCGGGCUUCUAA